AUGGCUAAACCUGGAAGACUAUUAAUCGCUAAUUCCAGAAGCCAUCAAUCGCUAAAUGUUUUAGCAGUUGAUGGUUGGCAGUUGAAAGCUACUAGUCAAGCCGCCAAGUGCACAGUAUGGCUUCAAAGUGCUGAGGGAGACAUGAUAGAAUUAGAAUCUGAUCUUUGUUGGUUAUCCCCCGUAUUAUCCCAUUUAUUGAAUUGUGGAGUUGGGUUUUCAAGGAGCAACCCCAUUUGUCUACCUCCAAAGGUUGCAGCAGAAGGAAUGAAAUUGUUCAAAGAUUACUUUCAAUUCAUUAAUGAAUCUAAUCGAUCUGCCGAGGAGUGCGAUUUGUUUGUUUAUGAAUUUGUGAAAAAGGACACACCGACUCUCCUCAAGUUGGGUCACGCUGCAAAUUAUCUUCAAUUGGAAGGAGCAGUGGACACCAUAUGUGAUGCACUUGCUCAAAACAUUGGUAAAAACUCAGGGGAUGUGAAGAAAGAUUUCAUUAAAUAUUUUGAGAAGUGUGCAAAGGGACAAGUGCUCCAGCCUCAGGAAAAUUUAAAUUGUGAUUCACGUAUUAGAAAUUCAAAUAAAUUGUUGGGAAAACAAAAGAAAGACAUCAAAGACCUAGAGAAUGUAAAGAAAGCGGAGGGAAAAGACGAAGCUCAUAGGCAUGAAGAACGUUCAGUUGAUGACCUCAUUUCUUUUAUCAACGGGGGAGAUGGAGAUACCAAGGGGAUUGGCACUUUGAAGAGGAAGAAGAAAAAGAAUGGUAAGAAAGGGAAGGAUAAAUUCAAAAAUUCUUCUGAUAGUGUCAUUCCUUCAUCUGUAGCAUCAGCUACAAAAAAUGUCACUAACAACGGUGAAGAGGACAUACAUGCUUCCUCUUUUGCAAACCAUAGUGGUACAACUACUGAUUCAUUAAAUAUGUUGAGCACUCAAAUUGAGAGCUUUAAUGUUGAGGGUGACACUGGUGAUGAUAGGGAAGUGGAUGCAUUUAAACGGCGACUAACUAGUAUUGUUUGUCCCAAGAAAAGGCUCGUUCUUACGGAUGGAAUAAAGGCACUCAUAAGGACAAGACUACUCUGCCUCAUGAAAAGUAAUCUUUCUAUGUCAACAUCUCAUGAGAAUGACUUAUGA